GAAGCUCGACCUCAGUAACGGGGAAUACCUCCACAUAAAGUCAAGUGAACUAUUAAUUUCUCACCAUGCAGUGCACAAGGUAUGUAAAUAGUAAAUAGAUGCUAGGAGAUGGUUGGAUUGAUUAUCAAUAACUGACAUUUUCAAAUAGAAUACUCAGAGCUGCACAACGUGCAAACCUUACUGGUUUCGACCCAAAGGCAUUAGCUGCCGCAACUGGCAAAAAUGCAGGUGACCCAUGGGCGAGACGGUAAGAUCAGAAGCGCACAAAUGGAACACGUAGAUGCACCGUACUAAUUUGUCCGAUUAGUGAGGCUUGGAGAUAUCAAGGACAAUACUCGAGAUGGAAUCGAUUUUCAAACUCCUUCCCCGGAUUGGGCAUUGCGACGGUAGCAUUUACGGUAUACUGCGGAUACGAAUACUUCUUCAUUCCGGACGAUCAUCAUUCAGAGGGAGUUCAUGGCGUGGGACAUCCUUGAAGAAUCGAUGGUGGGAGGGUCGAUGUACAUAUGGGUUAAAUUUUAUCCUUGGGGCUGAUCACCCCAUUUCAAACGAGAAAUGCGCACACUUCAUUCAUGGUUAUA